AUGGCGUCUCCCUCCACACUCGUUCACUCCCUAGGUCAUAAUACCCUGGGAAAGACAGAUAUCGCUGUCCAGUCGGUCCUUUUGGGUAUUGUUUUUGUUUUUGUCGGUCUGCGGCUAUGGUCGCGACGAUUGCAGUGGAUGUCGCUCCAAUUGAAUGAUUUGUUGAUUAUAGUUGCGACGUUCUUUAUGGUCGGUCGCUAUGUGGUGGAAAUCAUGAUGGUCGUGCUGUGUGGAAUGGGACUGCAUUCCACAGAGGUAACCCAGGUCCGAGGGUCUGAGGUUUUCGUCCAAUUUAAUGAACUUACAUAUGCGGGUGAUCUUCUCUGGGUCACGGUGAUCGCAUUGGUUCAGCUGUCCAUUCUCAACUAUUAUGUGCACAACUUCAGUCAGCGAGCUCUGACCGUGUUAGCAUAUAUUAUCAUAGCCCUAUGUUCAGCUCUCUGGGUUGCGAGCUUCUUUGCAACAGCGUUUUUCUGCACCCCGCCGAAGAGAAUAUGGCUUGCCGACACUCCGGGUCAUUGCGGUGAUCGAGAAAUGUUGCAUAGCAGUGUCAAUGCGAGCGAGGCGGCUCUCAGCUUCUUGGUUGUCAUUCUUCCUUUUCCCUGGAUGUGGCGCAUACCCUUAUCGAAGACCAAGAGGACUGCACUAAUGUGUAUCCAACUGCUAGGGCUGGGAAUCAUCACUAUUAUUGCCAUCCGCAUGAAAAGCGAGUUUGACCUCGACCCAGAAGACGCAACGUACAGCUCAGCCAGGAAGUCAAUACUUUCAUGCAUCGUGCCUCCUCUGGGAAUAAUUGUUGCCUGUCUCCCAACUCUGGAUCCAGCCAUCCAAAAGAUGUUCAGAGUAUCAGUGCCUACAUCUACAGCCCAUAAUUCCAUAUAUGAUCCAAGCUUUGCAAGGUAUUGGAAGGCGACGGUCCUUUCGGGUAGGGGGUUGGAGGAACCAGAGAUGCCUCUGGUCGGUCUUACUCAACCCUUCAUGGCAAAGAUGAGCUAUCUUGCUCCUGGUAAUAUACAGGUCACUUCACAUUGGGAGAUUCAUUCGUCGCGAGGUUCGGCAAGACUUGAUAGAUCACCCGUGCGAUAG